GCACGUCCCUGUGGCCCUGGGAAUGAUGCAUUUUACAAAGUACGGCACCUUUACCCCCUUCCCACCAUCGCUUUAGUCUGACUCCACGAAAUGAAACCGGGACGCUUAUGGCUGCAUCUCGCGCUGCUUGGGGCCUCCCUGCCCGCCGGGCUGGGAUGGAUGGAGCCAGGACCCAGCAGAGGCCUGCACACGGGUGUGCGUGAGCCACGGACGGAGGAGUCCAGAAGCUUUGAAGUCACAAGAAGAGAAGGACUUUCUGGCCACGAUGGGCUGCCAGCCUCCUGUGGGAAGAAGUUCUGCAGCCGCGGGAGCAGGUGCAUGCUCAGCAGAGAGACAGGGGAGCCCGAAUGCCGGUGCCUGGAGGCAUGCAGGCCCAGCUACAUGCCUGUGUGUGGCUCCGAUGGGAGGUUUUAUGAGAAUCACUGUGAGCUCCACCGAGCCGCCUGCCUGCUGGAGAGGAAGAUCGUCAUUGUCCACAGCAAGGACUGUUUCCUUAAAGACUCUACAAAGAAAAGUUCUGACUCCAUUCUCGGGUUUCAUUUGUCCCCCAGAAGUCACUAUUAG